GUGAGGACAGUAAACGCACCAUAAGCUCCUCCCUCUCCCGGACCUCCCUCUCGCCUCUCGUGACAGCGCCUCUGUUAUCGCGAGAGUUGUUCUGUCAAAUCCCGGAACUUCCAUCAUGGCAGGCAGCAAGUUGGUGCUGGAAGGUAGAGUUAGUGUAAAAAGCUUUCUUCUGGGCCUCAGCGUGCUCGUGAUCCCGCUGAUCAGAACCAGCUUCGGACACCUGGACUGGGUCUUCGAUUACCUGACGGAAACCUCCGGGAAAAUCGUCAUCUGCGUCCACAUAGCGGCCACCAACGGCCUGCUGCUGCUCAUCUACAGAGGUCCUCUCUACAAGGUCGCUCUGAGAGCCUGCUUCCUGGGAGUCACCUUCGGCUGCGGCUUGAUGCUGAGCUUCUCCGAGACCUCCUGGACCCACUUUGGCUGGUACAUGUGCUCCCUGUCCUUCUUCCACUACUCGGAGUACCUGGUGACGGCCAUCAUCAACCCGCGCAGCCUGUCGCUGGACUCCUUCCUGCUCAACCACAGCGUGGAGUACACGCUGGCGGCCGUGUCCUCGUGGGUGGAGUUCACUGUGGAGAAGCUGACGGUCCCAGAGCUGAAGCAGCUGAAGUGGCUGAGCGUGGCGGGGCUGAUCAUGGUGCUGUGCGGCGAGGGCCUGCGGAAGGCCGCCAUGUUGACGGCGGGCUCCAACUUCAACCACAUCGUGCAGAACGAGAAGGCCCAGAGCCACGUGCUGGUCACCAGCGGCGUGUACGCCUACUUCAGACACCCGUCCUACGUGGGCUGGUUCUACUGGAGCAUCGGGACCCAGGUCAUGCUGUGUAACCCGGUGUGCAUCGUGGGCUACACCGUGGCCAGCUGGCGGUUCUUCCGGGAGCGGAUAGAGGAGGAGGAGCUGUCGCUCAUCCACUUCUUCGCUGAGGACUACGUGGAGUACAAGAAGCGGGUCUCCACCGGCCUGCCCUUCAUCUCUGGCAUCCGGGUCAACUGAGCCCGGAGCUGGAUCUGGACACUACGGACUUUGAGCACCAAAGCGGGUCAGAGCGGGUCUGUCUGUGCGUCUGGACUGCAGCGGCAGCUACUCUCCAAAGGCAAAGCGCUGCAGCCGGCUGGGAGGCCGUCACUGACUCACCGCGGCGGCGGCGGCGGCGGGCAGCCCGGCUGCAGCUCCUCUACUCACCUCAAGGAACCUCUGCUGUACCUGUAUUAGAACCCACCUCACCUGUUUCUGUCUGCAUGCUCUGUGGCUUCACUCCUCCAGCACGCUAACACCUGACGCUGCACGGGACUCUGGGAAAUCUGUGUGACAUCGUCUGGCGUUAGGAAGGCGGAGACGGUCUCAAGGAAAAUCUGACGGUUCUUCUAAUCCUGCUGGGAGACAAUCCUGCAGAAAUGCUGGAACCAGCUUCCUGUAGCUGCAGUUACCAUGUGGGCUCUGCAGGGGGCGCCUCGUCCAGUCUGAAGCUGCAGCGUUUGAUGACGUUUGGAUUCUUCUGAACGUGCGUGCUCCUCAGCCAGCACAGGCUCACUGUGUCCCUUCAGAGUUCUUCACCGUUCCUGAAGACGUCAGCAGCGUGGCGGUCAUCCCUCACGUCUGAUGUCUCCUCCGUUCCUGCAGCUUCUUCCGGGUUUUCCUCCAUCCUUCUGCAGGCUUCUGGAGCCGCUGCCGUCUGUGCUCAUCUUCCUGCUUGGCAGCAGGGGCUCUCCUGCUGGGAGUUCCUGAAGGAACGUUUCAUUUUCUGGAUGAAAAGUCUCUUUGGUCUGAGUGUCGUCACACUGAAGUGUGUGUGGAGACGCCAACCACCUCCAAACCCUCAGGAGCGAAUCCAGCAGAAGAACCAGCACCCAGAGCUCCAAAGUUCCCCGACUGUUUACCUCCAAACACCGUGUAGCACUCCGUGUUUUCAGGAGGACUGACCGACGUUCCGGAGGAUAGGAUCAAAUACUCUCUGCAGAAGAGGAACGUCCAUCCUGACCAAUCUAAACCUGUCCAAGAUGGGUCCUUUGACUAACCAGAACAUGAAGGAAUCUCUGAUCAUCUUCACCCACCAACCCAGAACCUUCAGCCAGGAUUCACAGGGGGAGUCUGAAACCAGGACUUGGACCAACGUCCGGCUCAGGUGAUCCAAAACCCGUCUGCUGGCCCACGCCGCUCUCCUGACAUCUCCACUGGAACCUCUGUCUCCGUUCCCUCAGCAGAGUCUGCUGUGACAUCAUCUCCAGAGGUAGCACACAGCAGCGUGAGGCUUUUCACACAACAUCUGUGCAGCAUUUCACAGCGAAGCAGGACUUUGUUCUGAGUAAAGGAGAAGACCUCCAGACCUCCUGCUGGUCGUCCUGUCUCUCUGGAGCAUGAAGCAGCGGUGGAGCUGCAGAGGCCUCGCUGGGAAGUCUCUGCAUGGACGUUCAGCGUCCGUGGACCUGGAGGACGGCAGCAGAAAACCAUCCAUCCUCCAACCGUCUGUCAGCAUCGUUCCUGGAUUCUUCUGCAGGUCUCAUUUAAAGUUACAGUACAACCACGAGUCCAGUUCAGCACCUCACAUUUCUGUUCCCCCGACGACCCGUGAAAGGCGGGAAGGACUAGAGCGUCCGUCAGUCAGCAGGUGGAGCUGCUCUCUGUGGGCUCCUCCGUCCAGAACCCGUUUCCAUGGUUACCCAUUCCUCAUGACUGACUGACUGUGAGCAGUUCCUGGUUUCUAGUUUACAGUCACAUGUAGCAGACUGUAGGUUUGAGGUGGAAGCCGUGAUCCACGUUCUAGAAAUGCUGCAUUAAACUGUACAGUUUCAUUGAUCAGGUUUCUUCUCAGACUGUUGGCUGAUGGUCACAUGUAUUCACUGUCAACAAUAAAGAGCCUUGUUUAA